AGCAGCCAUUGAGAAUGGAUACGCUGCUCAGAAGCUCCAAGCUGUUAAAGCAUUGGCCGACUAUUUUGGCAACUUUACUAAUUGCCUUUGCCUUAAAGUACAUUCAUAGGCAUAGUAAAAGACGUCUGGACGGCGAGGAGGAUGUGGCAGUUGAUUUCGACAAUGCAGCUAUAGACUUACAGCCCGCCUUGGAAGAAAAACCCCAUGUGAGCUACGUGCCGGGACAUAAUCUUAAUCCAGAUGGCGCUAGGCGAUUCUAUGAGCUUGUUAAUGGACGACGCAGUGUGCGUGCUUUUAAUGCCAGCAGCAAGCCACCCAUGCACGUACUGGAAGAUUGCAUACGUGCCGCAGGCACAGCACCUAGUGGCGCACAUACAGAGCCCUGGACAUUUUGCGUGGUUCAAGACUUGAUCAUCAAGCAACAAGUGCGUGAAAUUGUGGAGUAUGAGGAACAUAUUAACUACAGCAGCCGCAUGCAUGCCCAAUGGAUUACGGAUCUACGACCACUACAAACCAAACCCGUGAAACAGUAUCUAAGCGAUGCGCCAUAUCUUAUACUAAUCUUCAAGCAAACCUACGGGCGCACUGCUGAUGGACGCAAGAAACUGCAUUACUAUAAUGAAAUAUCAACUUCCAUUGCAACUGGCGUUUUGCUGUGUGCUCUACAGGCAGCAGGGAUAAGCUCUUUGGUAACCACACCACUCAAUUGUGGCCCUGCGCUGCGUCGUUUACUCAAACGCCCGGCAAAUGAGAAAUUGUUAAUCUUACUUGCUGUUGGCUAUGCAUCAAAAGAUUGUCUAGUGCCGGAUCUGCAACGCAAGGGAUUAUCCGAUAUUAUGGUUAGAUAUUAAAAAAUUAUAUUGUGAGAAUAAAUAGCGAAAUAAAUCAAGAAACAUA